CUUUGUCGCGUUAUUAUGACGUCACGUCACGUCGCGUCUGCGACGGUGGCCGAGGAGGGUCAAGGCGUCAUGGCGGCCGUUCCUGCGCCUUCCUCCGGAGCUUUGGUGCCCGUCGCCGCCGAGGCCGGCGCCGUGGUCAGGAGCAGGGAGACCGUCCGACCGGCCGCCAAGCGUCCGAAGAAGAUCCUGGAUGAGGAUGCUUACAUCGAGAGUUUAGAGAAUAUUAUUCAGCGCGAUUUCUUUCCCGACGUGGAGAAGUUACGGGCGCAAAAGGAGUAUCUGGAAGCUGAGGAAAAUGGUGACUUGGAGAAAAUGAGGCAAAUCGCUAUUAAAUUUGGCUCCUCCUUGGGCAAAUCAUCGCGGGACACACCUGUGCCAUAUGUUACCCCAGCCACGUUUGAAACCCCAGAAGUGCAUCCAGGUGGUCUCCCUCUGGGAAAUAAAUCCAGAGCUGGCACUCGAGCUGCAGAGGAAGGAGAAGCAGAAAAAGAUGAUAAAGAUGCUCUUCCCAAUCUGGACAGUUUCUUAGCAAAACACACGAGUGAAGAUAAUGCUUCAUUUGAGCAGAUCAUGGAAGUGGCCAAGGAGAAGGAGAAAGUCAAGCAUGCUUGGCUGUACAGUGCGGAAGAGGAGUAUGCCCAGAGACGAAAUGAAAACCUGGCACUUCCUUCAGCAGAGCAGCAAGCCCUGGAGAAUGUGAAAGCUGGGCUGGAGACCUGGGAGUACACUGCUAGAAACACCCUCAUGUAUUAUCCAACAGGUGUACCUGAUGAGGAGGACACGUUUAAGAAGCCCAGGGAAGUUGUCCAUCGGAACACUCGUUUUGUGAAAGAUCCAUUUAGCCAAGCCUUGAGCAAAUCACAGCUCCAGCAAGCUGCAGCCCUCAAUGCUCAGUACAAACAGGGGAAAGUAGGACCAGAUGGGAAAGAGCUGAUACCCCAGGAGUCUCCAAAAGUGAAUGGAUAUGGAUUUGUGACUACUCCCUCUCCUGCCCCUGGUGUGAAUGAGUCUCCUUUUAUGACAUGGGGUGAAAUAGAAACCACCCCUUUACGUCUAGAUGGAUCAGAAACACCGUAUGUGGAUCGCACACCUGGACCAGCCUUCAAGAUCCUGGAGCCUGGACGUCGAGAGAGGUUAGGACUCAAGAUGGCCAAUGAAGUGGCAGCUAAAAAUCGAGCAAAGAAGCAGGAGGCACUUCGAAAAGUCACAGAAAACUUGGCCAGCCUCACUCCAAAAGGAUUAAGCCCAGCAAUGUCACCAGCUUUGCAACGACUGGUAAACAGGACUGCAAGUAAAUACACCGACAAAGCCCUGCGGGCCAGCUAUACUCCUUCUCCAGCCCACACAGGAACUCCUGGUUACAAGACACCAGCAAAUGGGCCCCAAACACCCACGACCACCCCACAGUCUAGGACAGUAUCUCAGACACCAGUAUCUCAAGAUACUACAUCAAUCACAGAUAAUUUACUACAGCUUCCUAAAAGAAGGAAGGCAUCUGAUUUCUUCUAAAUAUUCUUGUCAUCAGCAAGUCAACAGUGAACAGCCCAUGCUCAGCUGUCUGCAACGUGGAUGUUUUGAACCAUCAGUAGUAAGAGGUAUCUAGAUUCAGCUGCCAGAGUGGAAGCCAGCAGUUAUUAGAUCCGGGACCAAAUCUAGACUAUGUAGCUGAAAUAGCUUGUGAUGUGCUUUAUGGAAGACAAGUGUCUCUUGCUGUGGUAUAACUUCCCUUUGAACUGCAUGGAUAUGUUACACAGCUGUAUCAUAAGGAUGCUUCCUGCAGUGGCAAAGAAGAAUCUGGACUCUUAGCUCAAACAGUGAUAAUUUUUGAAAUAUCUCUUUUUUUCAGAUGGCCAUGUGUUUGAAUACAUUUCUAUACAAAUAUGUCUAUUUAUAAAAUAUGUUAAGCCUUCCUAAAAGGUUGAACUGGAUUUUACUCUUGCUUGUCAAACAUUUUUGGUCUCAUCCUUUACAGAAGAGAGGAUAUCAGAGAGUCACAGAACUGUAGGGGUUAGAAGGGACAUCUAGAGAUCAUAGACUACAACUCCCCAGCUAAAGCAGUUUCCCUACAGUAAAUUGCACAGGGCCACGUCCUGGUGAGACUUGAGUAUCUCUAGAGAGGGAGUCUCCACCACCUCUCUGUGCAGACUGUUCUAGUGCUGUCUUGACAGUAAAGAAAUUCUUCCCUUCUCAGCCUUCUCAUCUCCAGACCAAAGAGAUCUCAGGUCUCUCAGCCUUUUCUUGUGCAGGAGAUGCUCCAGACCCCUAACCCUUAUAUACAUAUAUAUAUAUACACAUCUCUGUCACUCAUGGUUGUAGGGGACAUCUCUUUAAUGCAAGUGAAUUUUAAACUGGUGCUUCCCAGUGCAUGGUGGACUUGUCAAAAGAAAUCUUACGUUGUGAAAAAAUGUGCCCAGUUCCAGAUGUCAAUUCACACUUCCUAAUAACCUGCAAUCUUACUUAUUGUGUUCUGCAGCUGGUGUAACAGAAGCUUGAGUGUGAACAGCACUGUGACUCCAAAGAAAGCUUUCCUUUGUGCUUUUGACCAAAACUCCUGGUUAUUGCAAACCAUAUCAGAGAUGGUUGUUCAUUCAGCUCAGUAGAUGGACUUUGUAAAGCAAAAGAUGACUAUUUCUGAAAGGACUGGGGGUAGUUGAAGUUGAAAACCAGCAGUUCACAAGCUGGAUCAAUUUUUAAGAGUAUCUGAUUUCCUUCACCCCACCUUUCCAUCCCACAGAAAGAAGUUUUGGCUUGCUGAUCAUGCUCAGGCUUUUCCCCUGCAGUUUUUGGGGACACUCACCCUCUUGUGCAGUGGGCAGAGGGGGUAGGGAUUUGGGAUUUAGGAGUUUGGAACCACAAGUAUCUCAAAAACUUCAUUUACAUACAAUCUCUGAGAUGUGUCAGGCUGAAGCAAGUGGAAAAUAAGGUCCUCACAGUCUUUAGUCAGGUAUUUUGAUGUGUGGAAGUCAGUCUUGUAUUAUUUCUGAGUACACAUAAUUUUUCUGACAUUAGAAUCACUAAAAGGCAUUAAUGCAUAGACCAUUGUGUGCAAAAUGACCCAGGCUCCAGAUGUCAGAAAUCCUGGGGUUGCAAGGAAUGUCCUGCAGCACUUGAGGGGCUGCGUUUGCCCACAGAAGGUUUUGCUGAGAAUAGAUCUUCCCUUUUCACCCUGAGACAAAUGUUUGGAGAAGUCAAGCCUGACAUCUUGACGUUUAAAUGUUCUUUGGGAAGGAUAUGUGCAGAUUUCAGGUCUCUGUUAGCUAUGUUUAAGUCAUGGCAGUGCUUGAUGGCAGGAGCCAACUGCUGGAACUUAAAACGAGCAAAGUUCUCUUUCACAGCUUCUGUCAGCUUGACAUGGCCCAGGAGGUCUCCCUUUACCCCCAGCUCCAUAAAGAUGUACAAUUUCCCUCCUGAUACCUCAAAGAUCUCAGAGUUUUGAUGAUUGAUGAGAGGUGCAAAUGUUCCAUCUGUUUCCCUGGGGAGAAAUUAGUCCAGGAAGCCCUGAGGCAUUCUGUCGUCAAUUAUCUUUAUAGCCACAUUGCUUUAUAACCUGUUGCAGCAGGCUAAUUUCACUGCCAUACGAGACUUCUCCUGGUGUGCUCCUGGUGCUCAGGUUGAAACCUUUCUUUCAGUGUUAUUUUAGGGUUGUCUUCCUCUUCAGUCUUCGGUUUACCAGUUUUAGAUUAUUUUUUUUUUUUCCCCCACAAGCUAAAAUGGAGAAGGAAUCAUUCAUAAUAGUGAUUACAAGAAAGCUCCUCCUGAAGGCAUUAAACUAUUGGAAAAUUUUCUUAAGCAACUGAAUUUGAGGACUAUGGUUUAGUGGUGGCGACGGGUUGAUGUGGGCUAAGAUUAGUGGUUCCAACCUUAAUGAUUCUAUGAAUUUCUACUGCUGAAGGUUUCCUGCCGUACCCAAUGGAUGGAAAUCUAGUCUUAGCUCUUCUUGCUGGUUAUGGUGAGUUUUCAAAAUACUUGUUGGUAGGUUAAGUUUUUUAAAUGCUUUCACUGAAUGGACCAAUGCUCUAUUUGUGCUGCUUGGCUUUAUGUUCAAGCACAACGAUUUAUCUGAGUUUGUUAUUGCAUUCGUGUUUUGAAACCUUUCUGAAGUUGUUUAAUUGUUCAUGUUUGUAUCUCAGGAGGCACACAGGGUUAAGUGCUACAUGAAGGAGCUCCUGAAGGUGCUGGGGAGCAAAGGA